CUUUGCUUGCCUUGUGUUUUGAGACAUCUUGUCUGCCUGUGCCAUACUUGUAUCUUUGGCGGCUCUUUUCUCUUUCUUCUUUCUUCAUCUUCCAGCAUUUACCUAGAUAGAAGGUGCAAUUUCUUCGGAGAUUCAUCUUCGCCUCUGUUACUCAUCAUACAUUCAUCAUCUUCCAAGGGUUGACGCCAGCACCACCGCACGUUGAAAAUGCAGGCCAUUCACGAGCAGCAUCGGGCGAGCUACAUGCCUGCCUCAUCUCGCCAGAGCCGCAUGGCCAUCGAUUCCUUGCUAAACCCAUCCGGGGACAGCGAAACUGCCAGUACUCGAUCACAAUAUAGCCAGCACGGCUCGCCAUUAUAUCCUCCCAGUCCCAACCAGUACUUUUACACUUCCUACUCAGAGAGCCGUCAUCCCUACCGGGAGGAUUCGCAGGACCAGGGUUACCUGUCCUAUCGAACGCGAUCUGUGGAAUCCUCGCCGGACCCCUACUCUCGUGAUCGAUAUGACUCGGUAUCUAGCAGCUCUAGCAAUGCUGCAGAGCGACGCCGGCCUCCCCGACCCAAAUACGAAGAGGAAGAGAUGUAUUUCAUCUGGUACCACCGAGUGGACCUCUGCCAGGAGUGGAAGGAGGUCCGUGAAAGCUUCAAUCGGCAGUUCCCCGAUCGGCAGCGUCGCGGGUUCCAGGGAAUCCAAUGCAAAUUCUAUCGCUUCAUCAAAGAAAAGAAGUGCCCUACGUUACGGGAGCAGCGCCGCAUGCGUGACGGCGACUUUCUGCGGGAGGGGGCGGGAGCUGCCGACUCGGGGUCACCGAAGUUUGGAGUUAUUGAUUGGGUAGGGAUUUGGUAUCCAUGGAUGCGUGAGGACAAAGAAGAAGUGCUCACUCGACGGAUGUCGAGGUAAAUGAGUCUGUUUGCGGCUUGCUUCAUCAUGAUCCGGCAGUGGUCGCCUUCUUGUCGAGUCAUUUUUUGCCUCCUGCACUCCUCGCUCUCGCUCACUCAAGUCUUGCACCACGACUCGAUACAUUUCUGUUUCACGGCCGACCCCGACGAUACCUCAACAUUUAAUUAUUCCUUUUCUCAAUCUGUUUUAUUUGCUUCACAAUCCUUGUUUGUUCGUACGGUCGUUCUUGCCGAUUUGCAAAUCACCUUUAGCAUGUUGUGAUCUUAACCUGGGAGGAUAUCUGUUCAUUUUGU